UUCAUGAACGUUAGAUGUCAAAAUUAUUUGCCGCCUCUUUUGACAACGGCCAACGUUCUAAAGUUGCAUCAUGGCGUCUUCAGAAGGUGCAGGCGUGACUACAGGUCAACCAAAUUUACACAAACAAGAUUUAUCUAAAUUGGAUGUUAAAAGAUUGACGGCUUUAUCUCCAGAAGUUAUAAGUAGACAAGCUACCAUUAACAUUGGUACAAUUGGACAUGUAGCGCAUGGAAAAUCGACUGUGGUUAAGGCCAUAUCUGGGGUACAAACUGUCAGAUUUAAGAAUGAACUGGAAAGGAACAUUACCAUUAAGCUAGAUCAACUCCAGUUCGAUAGAAAAGGUACAUAUAUCACAUGGCCCAAAAAUCUGAAAGGAAGAAAGGUGAAUCUCAAACAAGCUAUAUUGGAUUGUGAAAAUUAUGAAAAGGAGAUGCUAAUACCAAGGGGCGUUAAACGAAAAGCAGAAGUGUUGCGAAAGGUCAGGCCUAAUAAGAAUAAUUCAACCUAUAGCAAAGAGUAUGAAGUGGAGAAAAUAUUAGACCAGGAGUAUGAUGUAUUUACCAAGACUCCCAUGUUUCAUGUGAAAUGGAAAGGUUAUUCUCUAGAACAAACUACCUGGGAACCAUUUGACCAUCUCAGACAUUGUCCUCUGGUUUUGAAUCAAUUUUUGGCUGAGAAACUGGGAUCACAAGUUCUCGAUGCACUUUGUGAGAAAUUAAACAUAUCUGGUCAACUUUCAGAUCAAAAUUUGCUUGAGCGUUUAAAAAUCCUUGAUCUUAGUACCCUUCCUGAAAAACUAGAUAUACAGGAAAAAUUGUUGCAACUGUUGGCAACACCACCUAAAGAAAGACAUAUUCAUAAAUUAGAAGAAGGAAAGCGAUCUAUUUUGUUGUAUCAGUUGGUUUUAAAGAGGGAAGUUCAAAUGAAAAAGAUCAAAGCCUGGGAAGACAGUAUAAAUGAUUUGGAUAAAGGAGAGGCAAUAAUUACUGUAGAAAAUACAGUAGAUUUAGAAGGGCCUCCAGAGGACUUUACAUAUAUAAAUGAAUAUGUAGCAAAAUGUGGCAUACAAGUCCGCUCAGUACCUGAAAAAGGCUGUAGCUGUGUUGAAUGUGGACCUAGACUAAAAAAUUGUUGUGGUGUGCAGCCCUAUAAUGGUUUCACUUUUAAAGGUAAAGAUAAGGUAAAUGUCAAUCCAGGUACAGCAAUAUAUGAAUGCAACAAGAAGUGUAAAUGUAAGAAGAACUGUAGAAAUAGAGUAGUACAAAAUGGACGCAAAGUGCCCCUGUGUAUUUUCCGUACUUCAAAUGGUUGUGGAUGGGGUGUCAGAGCUAUGAGAAAAAUCCACUGUGGUGAGUUUGUUUGUGAGUACGUGGGUGAACUUAUAACAUUCGAAGAAGCCGAAAUUAGGGGAAAGACAUACGAUGAAGAAGGUCGAACUUACUUAUUUGAUCUAGAUUAUCAUACGAAGGAUAAUCCAUAUACAGUAGAUGCUGCCAAAAUGGGUAAUGUAUCCCAUUUCAUCAACCACUCUUGUGAUCCCAACCUGGGAGUGUAUGCAGUGUGGAUCAAUAAUCCUGAUCCAAAUUUGCCUAGGUUGGCCCUUUUUGCUUUAAGAGAAAUCGAACGUGAUGAGGAAAUAUCUUUUGAUUAUAUGAUUAAUAUCGAUCCCUUAGUACCAACUACUCCAGAAAAACCAAGAUUUUUACAUACACCCGAUAAAAAUCAAGUUAUUGAGCAAGGAAGGAGUAUUUGCAAGUGCGAUGCAGAUUCAUGUCGAAGAUAUUUAUUUUGAUAAGUAUUACAUUUUUAAAGUAAGAAUUUGUUAGAGCAAUUGAAAUGUUAAGAAAACAUUAAAUUUUACAUUUAAAAUGCUUGAUAUGUUUUUCAUAAGUUUAUUAAGUUUCAUACAAUAUAAUGUAAUUGUAAUAAAAAUUUUGAGUGUUCCACCCAAAAAUGUUCUAUGUUUUAUACUGAAGAGGCCACAUCAGCGUGUCAUCAAUAUUAGUUCGGGAGAUUGUAGUACACCCUUUUUCGAAAGUUUUGCAAAACUUUGGCAACAGUGCGUCGGCGGUAUUUGACUCUAUCUAAGAUGAAGGCUCAAUAUUGUGACAAUAUACUCAUAGGCGCGAUAAAUAGAAAACAAUUUUUUUAGUACAUAAAUAUUUAUAAAAAUAAACUGAGCUCUACUUGUAAGUUUUACUAUAGUCGGUCCGUUAAACUCAGACACAACUGGCUAGUGAAUUUAAUAGGUAUAUUUUUUGUUUUUUGCCAAUUUUGGCAAAAUUACUAACUACAUAUUUAGCUAUUUUUAAUGACUGAAAAAUAGUAAAAAAAAAAUUUAUUAAAGACCUGCACAUCCCGUUUUAGCAUACCACGGUUGGAUAAAACGGGAUAGGUUCACAAUAUUUAAUUUUUUGCAUAAAAUUAUCUAAAAAGUAUAUUUAAGUAGAUAUAAGACUGCAACGCAAAAUUUACCUUUGAAAAAACAAUAUCUUCAGUAGUCAGAAACUUAAAAAUAGGCAUUUUUUAUGUUUUAUUGCAAAAUGGGAAAUAAGAACUUUUAUUUAGGACUAGGUACAUAUAUCAGAACAAAAGUCACAUAAAAAUAUGUUGUUCUUUUCUGCAGUAUGAGAACACGCUUUAUCGCUAUUUAAAAAAUUAAUAGGCCAACAAAUAAAUAGGUGGAUAAAACGGGACAUAAAAAACUGUAUCCCAUUUUAUCCAACUUAUAAGUGUCCCGUUUUGUCCAACUCAGACAUUUUUCAAAACAAAAAUGGCUCCUGCCUAAACGUGAAAGUAAAAUUAGAUAGACUACACUUGAGAAUAUUCGUUAGUGAGUGCUUAAUUAAAUGUAAUAGUCGCCGGAAUUAUAUGUUUAGAUAUGUAGGCAAUAUAAUGUAGAAAACAACGCACUUAAAAGUACAAAGUACCAAAAAAAUUGAGUCAAACAAUUCUAAACACAACAACUUUUGGUAAAAGGUAAGAGGUAAAACGAACUGAGAAUGUUAAAAUAACGACUGAGAACAAGUUUUCGUCGUUGUCCGAUUGAUAGCAGCACUAGUUGGGUCUCUAGGCUAGGUAUCCCGUUUUAUCCGACUAUCCCGUUUUAUCCAACUCUCCCCUACCUAUCUGAAAAAAUUGUCAUUUGUACUGUAGUCAGGAUUUCUGUACCUAAAUAUAGAUUUAUUACGAAUUUGCGUUGUUAUCAAAGUUAUCAAGUUUCUACAAUAACCAUGAAUAAGUAACACAGAGGGUCCAAAAUACACUCACCGGCACAAAAUUCUGCCACCCAAAUUUGAUUAAGUUUGAUAAUUUAUAACUAUAUUAUUUGUACUCCGAUUUUCAAGAUUCUUGCACCAGUUUGUAGGUACAUGUAUUGAUAUCGUUUGGUAUUAUUCCGGUAACACAAAAAUUUUGCUUGCAUUGCAUUAUACGGGGGUGAAUGAAAGUGUUGUAUUUCCUCCUAACUUUAAAACAUUCUGUGGAAAAAUGGAAGGGCUGGUUUUGUUUCAUAGUCCUGUCAUAUUAUUCCGAAGGCAUCACUAAAAUUUUGUUUUUUGAAUUAUCCGAAUAUCUCUUUUCUUGUAAGAACUGUACCAUUUUUUGUAAAUAAAAACACUGAUUGACUCAUAAAAUAGAGGUUGGAUUGAUAAGAUUAGAAUGGCCCGCAUGCAGCCCAAAUCUCAAUCCUACUGAGUAUUUAUGGGAUGAACUAAAAACUAUUCACCGUCAUCCUAGGCCUCCAGAAAAUUUUGUACAGUUAUGGCCCUGGUAGAGGAAUAUCGGGCUAUUUCCGAGGCAAGGAUAACACAUCUUUAUGCGAUGCCAAACAGAUUGCGAGCAGUUGUUGCUGCAAGAGGUGGACAUAUCCGCUAUAGAAUUGUUUGGUUUUGUUGUUAAUUUUGUUUUGUUUUGCUAAUUUUAGUGAGUUUGAUAUUUUUAAUUAAAAAAACCUUCAAAGCAGUAUUUUUACUUACAGCUACAGUGGAACCUCGAUUAUCUGUCUCUCUAUUAACCGUCACCUCUGUUAACCGUCAGGGUCCAUACCUACAUAAGUUAUAUUGACUACAUAAGUAAAAAUUUAGUCAUUAAUUCAUUUUGUUUGAGCAUUGCGAUAAGCGAAACGAAAUUUGUUGAAAUGUACACGUGCAGUUAUGCCACCACCGCAUUUUUUUAUGUAAAUAAUUUUUGUUCUUAUUCAGGGCUCUGGAUUAAAUUUCAAUUUAAAUAUGUAGGUGAUAAAUGAUGCCAUGCUUUUAGAGUUCUAUUUUUAGAAUCGCAAGCCGAAAAUAAAAAUGCACAGCACAAUAAUUAUUACAGUCAAUAUCUGUGUGUCACCAUAAUUAAAUUUGAUGCAAAUUCGAACAUUGAUUGUGUCACUUAGUCGUUUGAUCAAUUAAGUUUUGUUAAUGUUCUGUUAACCGUCUUUUCUAUUAUCCGUCAUACCCUUGGUCCGGUGUCCUGACGGAUAAUCGAGGUUCCACUGUAUUACAAGAAAAGAGAUAUUUGGCUAAUUCAAAAAACAAAACCUUAGUGAUACUUCCAGGAUAAUACAAAAGUAGUAUGAAACAAAAUCAGCCCUCAAAAUUUUUCCACAGAAUUUGUUAAGAGAAAAUACAACGCUUCCAUUCACCCCCCGUAUUAUGCCAUCUAAGCAAAAAAAAUUUGUUACCGGAAUAAUAAAAAACGACAUCGAUACAUGUACCUACAAACUGGUACAAGAAUCUUAUAUCUUAAGAAUAUAAAUAUAAAUCUUAAAGAAAUCAAUACAUGUGCAAAAAUCGGGAGUACAAAUAAUAAAGUUAUAGAUUGUCAAACUUAAUCAAAAAUUUUGGGUGGCGGAAUUUUGUACCGGUGAGUGUAGAAAGUAGUCAAAAUAACCGCCCUGGUGCUUCUAGGUAUAGGUUAACACAUCUUAAAAAGUAAUUACAUUAAGUACCUGUAAAGGAGGAAUUAUAAUCCUCAAAUAGAUCUAGGAAAAGUUCUAAAUUAUCAACUUUUUAAAACAACUAUGAAUAAGUAAUACAGAGUGUCAAAAAUAGAAAUCAGUCAAAAUGUCCGCUCUGGUGCUUCUAGUGUUAAAGCUGCAAUCUUGGAACGCAUUUUCCAUUUUGAUGACUUGAUGAUGUAGCCUCUGAAGGGUGGAAUGUAUGGAAUUACAUGUGUUUUUUAUGGAUUUAUUGUUAGUUAUUGGCUUGCAUUAUUGAUUUUUAAAUUGUAUUCAAUUCAAUCAAAUAAUUUGAGAAAAUAACACAGUAAUAAGUAACUACAGAUUAGAAGCAAGGGAUAGUAUGUACCAUUUUUGGUGUGAAUAAACUACAAUUAGAAUUAA